AAUCAAGUGACAAUCGCUCUAGAAGCGACCCCUGUUCGUCGCCAACCGGUAAGGUUUCGUGAUCUCCGUCUUCUUGGUCUUCCGUGUAAACUCAACCUUCGUCGAGGGACAAUUCGAACACGCAAAGAGGACGACACACUUCAACGGUCGCAACCAUGGAAAACAAUUCGGGUAAUCGUCUCUACCUGAAUUUCAAUCAAACUGAUCGAGGAGGCGCGUUCUCCGAUCAAGCAUAUCCUACAACCCCGUCGACCUUCCCGCAGCCAGUAUUCCCUCCACAGGCACAAGGCGGUCAACAGGGCCAAGCUCAGAAUUACAGUACUGGUCUUGCACCGUCUGGAUAUUUCGCAAAUCAAAACUAUCCCCCCUCCUACCCUCAGCAGCCACCGUCGUCAGGCUAUCAAAAACCCCCACAAGCCCCGCAAGCUGCCUACCAGCAAAGACAAGCUCCCGUGGAUGCCACUAAUACCUUGGUUCAUCAAUUCUCUCACCAGAACUUGGGUGGACGAGCUUCGCCAUACGGCAACCGUCAACCUUCGCCUGCCCAGCGACCUCGAACUGCUGGUGCUCCUGGUCAACCUGCAGGUUACGGAAGCUAUUUAAACGCCCCAAUGCCUGCUACACCUCAACAAAGUUGGCCUGAGUUUCAACCUGGUCCGGAGAGAAACCCAGACAAGUACGGACAAGGAGCCCAAACCAACCAAAAGAGAUGCGCUUCACUUGCAGAGUCUUUCUUCAAGGAUAGUGUCAAGAGAGCCCGAGAUCGUAAUGUUAGGCAGAGUGAGAUGGAGAUGCGUCUGGCAGAUCCAAACCAAUCGCAAGCCCGACGAGAUCAGACGUGGUCGAAUGCUGGCAAGCAAGAAGGAAGAUACCUACGAUUUCUCCGCACUAAGGACUCUCCUGACAAUUACCAAACAUUGAAGAUCAUUGGCAAGGGUGCUUUUGGUGAGGUCAAGUUGGUCCAAAAGAAGCAAGACGCCAAGGUCUAUGCUAUGAAAUCCCUCAUCAAGAGCGAGAUGUUCAAGAAGGAUCAGCUAGCACACGUCCGUGCGGAGCGUGAUAUUCUGGCAGAGUCUGACAGUCCAUGGGUCGUCAAGCUGUAUACCACCUUCCAAGACUCCGACUUCCUAUACAUGUUGAUGGAGUUCUUGCCCGGAGGUGAUCUCAUGACAAUGCUAAUUAAGUAUGAGAUCUUCUCUGAAGACAUUACUCGCUUCUACAUUGCGGAGAUCGUUCUGGCUAUUGAGGCUGUGCACAAGUAUGGCUUCAUUCAUCGUGACAUCAAACCUGACAACAUUCUCUUGGACCGGGGCGGCCAUGUUAAGCUUACAGAUUUUGGUCUGUCGACGGGUUUCCACAAGCUCCAUGAUAACUCCUACUAUCAGCAGCUCCUGCAAGGCAAAUCCAGCCGGCCACAAAACCGAAACUCUGUCAACCUUGACCAGAUCAACUUGACAGUCAGCAACCGAAGCGUUAUUAACGACUGGCGUAAGUCACGUCGCGUCAUGGCUUAUUCGACCGUCGGCACUCCGGACUACAUCGCACCAGAGAUCUUCAGUGGUCAUGGCUAUGGACAAGACUGUGAUUGGUGGAGCUUGGGAACUAUCAUGUUCGAAUGUCAAAUUGGCUGGCCCCCAUUCUGCGCUGAGGAUGCUCAUGACACCUACCGUAAGAUUGUCAACUGGCGCCAAUCGUUGUACUUCCCGGAGGAUGUCCAACUAGGUCCAGAGGCGGAGAAUUUAAUUCGAAGCCUUGUGUGCAACACUGAGAACCGCUUGGGUAGAGGUGGUGCCGACGAGAUUAAGAGCCACAAAUUCUUCCGUGGUGUCGAUUUCGACAGCCUCCGUCGAAUUCGUGCACCGUUCGAGCCCAAGCUUACGUCGAACGUUGACACAACUUAUUUCCCCACCGAUGAAAUUGACCAGACUGACAAUGCUACCCACCUGAAGGCUGCUGCAGCUCUCAACGGUGGUCAACCACGUGUCGAGGCCCCGGAGAUGAGCUUACCAUUCAUCGGCUAUACCUUCAAGCGAUUCGACGACUUCGCCCGUCGCUAGGUUCAGUCUCAUGUGAAGCUGACCUCUUCGGACCAAUCUUCAACGAUAUGAACAUACUUUCGACGAAUUGAUUUGUUGAACUUGAGGCUUUCCGUGAGGAUGGCCAUUCGCAGGAGAUACCACUUUGCGUCAUAAUGAUUUCGAAAUUGGAGGCAUCAAAAGUCAAUGGAGGGGAUUUGGUGUUGCAUCAGCCGGUCACGUACAUAAUCAUACUUGCUAAGGUCAUGCUUUCUGGCAUGAUGGCCUUUGCUAUGAGGAAACACCUCAGAUUUGCAUUUUCAUGGCGUUGGUAGAUCUCAAGCAUGCUCUGUAGCUAGCAGAGCCUCAUAGCAAUGGUUUCGAUGAAAUGUCUUGCUUGGUAAUACAAAGUGACAAAAAUUUGCUUGUGAUCCU